GACCUUUGACCUUGAGCUUGGGAGCAGUGGCUAACUUUCGUAGCAGAGGCUCUGAAGACACCAUGACGCUGCCGAAACACGCAGAAGAGCUGUGCUUCUCCACUGAAGUAUUUCUGGAAGAGAGUUUUACCGUCGACGACUUUGUGAACCAGUGCAGGAAGCGGGUGACGAUCGAAUGCCUCCGCGACGACCUAGACGCCUAUUACCGCACCCUCAAGAGCGCCAUGGUGGAGCUUAUCAACAAAGACUACGCAGAUUUCGUCAAUCUGUCCGCAAAUCUGGUUGGAGUGGACAAGUCCAUUGAUGGACUUGCCUCGCCGCUGACCCAACUAAGGGAAGAGGUUUUGGGUAUAAAGGAGGUGAUGGAUGCUGCCAUAUCUGCCACCGAGACCAAGCUGGCACAGCGAGCUGAAAUCAGGGCCAAGAAGGCCACACUGAAGAGGCUAAUGGUGUCAUGGAGUCUCUGGAAUCACUCGAACGCUCUCGACAUUGGAGGAGACCACACCCCCUCCUUCCCUCAAGUCCUUCAGAGGAGAGGUCUGAAGUUGCUCAACUGACUGAGCGAGAGGAGUUUGCAGCUGUGGUUCUGGAGAGGGUGACGGGAGAGUUCAACCGUCUCCAGUUCAGUGUCUCGCAGACUCAGGACCACCCUCUCAUCUCCGAGAUCACUCCUCGUUAUAGAUGGAGUCACGUAAGCCCUGCAGUCCAGACUGGAGCGACUGUUCCAGGAGGCUCUGGACGGACGAGGCCGAGAGAGGCUGGCUCACUGUCUGCAGGCCUAUGCCUCCAUCAGUCGGCAGGAGGACGCAGAGAGUAUGUUCCAGGCUGCUGUGGCACACCCCUUCCUUGAUAAGGUGGUGACUACAAAGGCUCUGGUGUCGAGCUCCGGACUACCUGGGAUCUACUCACCAAACGACUCGCUUCUUCCCAAGCUACGUGCUCACUCCUAUUAGAGCUCACCCACCCCCGGCCCCCCGCGCGGCCGGUGGCUUGACUCAGCCUCCGAGGGUUCCCGGGUUCAGUUUCCUGGUGAACGCCGUGUGGCCCGAACUUGUCGCCAUGCUGGACCAGAAGAUUCCCGCCAUCUUUGCACCCGGCA